UCGACCGGGACCGAGUCGACCACAUACGAUUCAGAUGCGGAGAACAACUAUCUGAUUCCGUCGUACAGCACUGUUUCAGCCGAUAUGCUACAAGUGUGUGAAUUUCGGAAACCAUUCCGGGACAACGGUUUACGCGGUGUGUGGAUAUGGGUGGAUGCGACCCUGUACAGUUAUUUACCAUUCAUUCUUAUUACCAUAUUCAAUGUGAUAAUUUUGAUUAAUUUGCACGAGGCAAACCGACGUCGUGUCACCCUGGCCGCACAUUGGUCACAAAAUGCACGCACACCGCAAACACAACCGUCUCUCCUGAUGCGUGGAUGGCUUUCAAUCAGUUCCCUGUGUCCGUGUCAUCAACGAGAGCACGAGUUGCCCAGACGUCGUGUUUGCCAAUUUUGUGCCCAAUCGUUUCCGAUCGAUCGAUUUCAUGAAUCCCCUGGUCUGUUGCCAAACGCCAAUCGUGUCUGUGUUUCGGCCACCUAUUCCAAUUCCCCAUUUCUCUUGCACACCUUGUCUCAACCGAUUUCACAGGAACGCUGGCCAGCUCGUGCGUAUACACCGGCAGUGAAUAUCAAAUUCGGUGCUUGUCAUCUGAACGGCUACGAGAUUAAGACGGUCAAUGUGGAACGACGCAGUCGACCGGCUGUGACCAGUGAGGUACGUCAACUGACCGUACUAUUACUACUCAUCUCGGGCACAUUUCUCAUCACCACAGCCCCGGUGGUGAUCGUCAAAUUGGUCAUCGGACGACUGGAUGAUCGAAGCGCAUCACGAUUGGUUCAAAUUGAAUUGCUAGACUACAUAGCGGAGAUUCUCAUGUACAUUAACCAUGCGGCAAAUUUCUAUCUGUACCUAGUUGCCGGACCUCGAUUUCGACGUGAAAUUCGAAAACUGUUCCACAUGAGACGAUAUUUACGACCGCACGGACGUGCCGGUUUCGGACGACCUCGACGACAAAAACCGAAGCGAUAUUUUUGA